AUGAGUGAAGAAGUCACAGCUGAUCAGCCGGGUGACAGCACGCCACGGGAAGCUACGCCGGUAGAAGCAACUCCGGUGAACACGCCUUCGGUCGAAGCAACAUUUUCGAGACCAACCACCAAUCUCUUCGCCCCCGACGAGUUACCCAAAUUGUUGGACUCGCUGCUCAAUGCUGUGUCCCCUGGAUAUGUACGCAAGCCUCCCAUAGACGUUUUGACGCGGCAGGUGCAACGACUUGACUAUCGCUCGAAGAUGAAAGAAUUCUUCCACCCAGGGUCCACCAUUGAGAAAGCCUUCUUCGACGAUAGGCGUGAUGCGGCACCUUGUGGUGUUACUCAUUAUGGACGCGAUAAUGAUUGCUACGUACACCGACCUGGUGACCUGAAGAUACGUUCUGGACUUGACCUCGAGGAUGUCGACGACAUAUUUCAGCAUUAUCGUGAGAGUGACGACGACGACGAGCCGGAUCUAAUUGUCGUCGAAGAUGUUGAUCCUCGCUGGGUGGAGGUCCUAAUUGAUCGCUACCAGGUUCAUCCAGCUUACAUUACAGAGCAUCUUUCGAUUCGGUGCACCUCCAGCCACUGGGCUACCAAUGGAUGA